AAUCUUGUUUAUAACCUCAGAGUUUAAAAUUCUAACCCAUUUUUAAAACAAUCAACAAUUCUUUACAAUCACAGAUAACAGAGUUUACAAUCAUUCAAUCUCAACUGAAAUUUUAUUGUUCAACAUGAUAACUCGACGAAAAUUAAAACUUCGGAAUAAAUUAAUCAUAAUUUUUUUCGUUACUCUCUCCAUAUUUUUUUUAUACACAGGAAUAAGAUAUGCUUUUCCUCCUGAAAUUGAUAGAGAAACUCUUUUGAAACAAAUUGAACUCAGUAUAGCUAAAGAAAAUGAUUCUUUACUAUGUAAACCUCCAAAUUUGCUUGUUUAUUCACCUGAAAUGAUGAAAUUUAUUCAUAAUGUACGUCCUAUUGACUGUAAACCAGCUGGAACCAAUUGGGUGAAAUGUAAAGGUUCUAUUUGUUCAAUUCAAGAGGAAGCUAUAAAUGCUUAUGGAAAAAUUCAAUGCGAAUUCACAGAUAUACUUAGAGUGGAUGAUUAUGAGAAUAAAGAGGGCAAAACCACUAUUGUAGAUGACACAUAUCAGUUAAUUGAGAGUGAUCUGGUUAAAGUAGCAUGUAAAUCAGCUAGUAGUAAGUGGUCUACAGUUUUAACCACUAUAAGAAAAAAUGACACCCUUUGGAGGGAAUCUAGUUGGGAUAAAAUUCCAGACGAAGCUCUUAAAAUGAACGUCCUUAUGUUCGGUGUUGAUUCAGUUUCAAGAAAUUUAUUUAUGAGAAAGCUGCCCCAAACAUUCAAUUAUAUUACGAAAAGUUUGAAGGGUUUAGUUUUGAAAGGUUACAAUAUUGUUGGAGAUGGUACACCUCAAGCACUUAUUCCUAUGUUAACUGGUAAAACAGAAUUGGAACUUCCUGACACAAGAAAACGAUUUCAAGGUACUGAAUUUGUUAAUUCUUAUCCCUUUAUUUGGAAUGAAUUUAAAAAGGCUGGUUAUGUGACUGGAUAUUUGGAGGAUAUGCCACUUUACGGAGUUUUUACUUAUAGAUUGAAGGGAUUCCAGGAAUCGCCCACGGACCAUUAUAUGAGGCCUUAUUAUUUGGCAGAGCAAUCAGAACAUAAAAAGUGGCCUAAAUUGUGCACCGCCAACACACCUCGGCACAAAGUUAUGACGAAUUUUAUCAAAGAUUUUUAUCAAACCUAUCAGGCUAAACCUAAAUUUAUGUUUGGGUUCCAUGGUGAAUUAUCUCAUGACGAUUAUAAUUUAGUUGGUGCAGCAGACAAAGAUUUUAAAGUGUUUUUACAAGAUUUAAAUGAGUCUAAUUUAUUGAAUAACACAGUUUUAAUAAUAUUUGCAGAUCAUGGUCAUAGGUUUGCCGAAAUAAGAAAUACUCUACAAGGAAAACAAGAAGAAAGAUUACCAUUUUUUUCAGUGAUAUUGCCUCCUUGGUUCCAAAAAAAAUACCGCAAGCUUUAUAAAUCUUUAGCAGCAAAUGUUGAGAGAUUAGUAACCCCGUUUGAUGUUCACGCAAUGUUGAAGAGUGUGCUGAACAUGGACAUUAAUGAAAAGAAUGACAAGAAUGGAAGAUCCAUUUCCUUAUUAUCAGAGAUUCCUACAAAUAGAACUUGCUCAAAGGCCUUCAUAGAACCUCAUUGGUGUGCAUGUUUGGCUUGGCAUCCAUUGGAAAUAACUUCUCCGAUAAUACCUUACCUGAGUAAGACCUUGAUUGAAACAUUGAAUAACUAUACUGAUCAGUAUCGGAAUUUAUGUGAUGUAUGGAAACUGCAAAAGAUAAACUGGGCCAGUAAGCUGAUACCGAAUGAAAAUUUAGUCAAAUUCAGGCAAAAUUCUGAUCGUGACGGUUUUGCAGCUGAUCUAAGUGCUGAUACACAAAUCGAAACAGAGGCAUACCAAAUAAGUGUAGAAUUAACACCAGAUGGUGCCUUAUUUGAAGCCAGUGUUACUCAUAAAAUAUCAGAUGACAGUUUUUUGGUCAGGAUUAGUGAUAUAAGUAGAAUAAAUAUGUAUGGAAAACAGGCAAGAUGUAUUGAAGACAAUUAUCCUCAUCUCAGAAAGUUUUGUCACUGCAAAAAUUGAAACUGUAUAUAUCUCAAACAGUAUUGAAGAGAAUUUUGAACGCCACAUCUACACAACAUUAAUGAUUUAUAAUUUUGAACAGAUUCUAGUCAUAAUUUUUGUUUGAAAAUAGAUUCUCUUAGAGCCAACAUAUGAUUGAAUGAAUGGAAGGAUUCAGAAAUUAACCAUCUGAAUUAUUUAAUAAUCAUUUAUUUCAGACCUCGAUUACAGUUGUAUUACAAAUCUUAAAAUUCAAUUUCAAUAUUCUCAACUGAAUAUUGAAGAAGUUUAAAGAUAUUGAUAUCCUAAUAGAUUGGAUUUUUAAAAUAAAUCAUUUUGACAAAAGAAAUAUGCAAAAGAAAAGCUGUAAGAAAAAAGAUAAUUCAAAUGAAUUUUCUUGUUAUUGGAUUGUGUUGAUGUUAUUCUCAGUAUAUUGCUUAUCUCAUUUUAAACUUGUACAUACUUGUGGUCCCUGGACCGGAGUAUAUAUAAAUCUUAAGAUCAAUAUUAGUAUAAGGCUUUUUUGGUUACGAAAUAAUAGUUCCUUUAACGGGCUGCUAAUAUACAAGGUGUUCCAAAUUGUAGGUACAAAGGAAAAUGAGUGAUUCCUUGAAUAAUUUUAAGAAAAAAAGGAGUAUAAACGUUUUGAAUGCAAAUCUUCAGGGUGAUAUUUUUUCUGGAACAGUGCCUGCUUCUUUCCUCCGGAUUUUUUUUUUGUGGCCCACUGGUAGAAAAAUGUGAAAAGAAACUUUGGUCCAUUACUACAAUUUUUGGUUUUUUGUAGUUUUGUCGUAGCUGACCGAUUUUGAGAAAAAAAAUCAAACAGUUCUCUAUUAAUCUUCAGCAAAAUCCAAAUUAUUGUGAAGAUCCAUUUUGCAUGCUGUGAUGAAUAAAUUAAUUAUAGGUUUUGGUACUUAUUCCCAAUCUAUAAUAGAAGGGUGAGAAUUGGUAAAACCUUUUUCCAUAAAAUUAUCCAAAGAAUCUCUCAUUUUCCUUUGUACCUCCAAUUAAGGAAAACCCUGUAUUCAAAUUAAUAUUCAUGACAUAUUAUGAAUUUUUCGAAAUGUAUUAUUUUAAGAUGGAAAAUUUUUCUUUACACGAUUAGUUAACUGAUGCAUUAUCGGAUAUAAGGACCUCAUUAAAAGAUAAGUGCCUUAUGUUGUAUUAUGUUUUAAUGACUCUUUUGCCAGAAAAGUAUUUUCAAGUUUUACCUAACAUCAAUAUGUAUUAUAAUUUUUUUCUCAUUGUGUUUUGUAUAUUUUUUUAUUGGAAAUAAAAGUAAUAAAAAAAUA